GCAGUGCUCUCCCAAAGCUUUGUAGCCGUGGUGACAGCAACCAGAAAGGCAAGGCGGUUGUCCAUUGGGUCCACACCAGUUUUGGCCCAGCUUUUUUUUUUUCGUGUUAGGAGCAACUUGAGUUGGUUGAGUUGGCCCAGCUGGAUCAUGUAGACUCUGUCCCGUUGCCACUGUAGGAUCUUUGGUCACAUCUAGGGCAGUCUGGGAUAUUGCUAUUCCAGACUAGCUACAGAUUAAGCAUCUAGUGUAGGUAAGUCGUAAACUUGCUCAGAUGCAUGGAGUGAAGUUGUCUUGGGAUAGAUUUUUAUAGGGAGACUGCUUUUCCUCUAGCUGGAUGUUCUUCAUGGACAUGCCUCCUGAGGUCUCCCUGGAAAUUUGUUGUAAAAUGUCCAACUAUAAGUAAAUAGCUGAGUAUUUACAAUGUGAGUUUAAUGGGGCACUGGAGAUAUAGAUGCAGCUAUGUGAGGCAUGUGCCUCAUUUGGUGUAGGAUACCUUUUGUUUGUUUUUGUUAAUGAUUAGAGUAUGACAGGCUAACUAAUUCCAAAGUUAAAAGAUUUUAAACCAAGAAGUCAUAAAGGCAUCUUGAAAGCGUGGUGGUCUUCUUUCCAUCCAAUUAGUGGAUGUUCAAUAUCUGUCCCAGAAAACUGAAUUUUGAACCUCUUUACAUGGGGAUCGACAUGUGACUCAAUAAACUAAAGAAGUGGAAAGGAAAAGGACAUGAGAUUAUAUGGCAAGCGGAACAGGUAGCUCAAUGUCACUGUUUCAGAACCCGUGGGAAUUAUACCAGCCGAGUAUACCAAAUGACUUGGACACGGAAAUGGAGAUCGUGGCACCUUGCCCACCCUUUCCUGAUCCAGCCAGUGACUUCGAUAGAAACAUUCCCCGCAUCUGUGGUGUUUGUGGAGACAAAGCUACUGGGUUUCAUUUUAAUGCUAUGACCUGUGAAGGCUGCAAAGGAUUUUUUAGGAGGAGUAUGAAAAGGAAAGCUAUGUUCACAUGUCCAUUCAAUGGAGACUGUAAAAUCACCAAAGAUAACCGGCGGCACUGCCAGGCUUGUCGGCUGAAGCGCUGCACUGACAUUGGCAUGAUGAAAGAGUUUAUUCUGACAGAUGAAGAGGUCCAGAGGAAAAGAGAGAUGAUAAUGAAAAGAAAGGAGGAGGAAGCCCUGAAAGAGAGCUUAAAGCCCAAAUUGUUGGAGGAGCAACAGCGGAUCAUUGAUAUACUUCUAGAAGCUCAUAAAAAAACCUAUGAUCCCACUUACUCUGAUUUCAACCAGUUUCGGCCUCCAGUCAGAGGUAGCAGAAUGAAAAGUAGAUCUUCCUCUAUUAUGACCCAAGGUUUCUCCUCUUCAGAAGACUCCUUGGAUACCUUCAGCUCUUCUUCCCCAGAACCAAAGAUGUUCUCAAAUCUGGAACUAAGUGAUGACAGCGAUGAAAGUGCAUCCAUGUCCAUUGAUUUAUCACACCUUUCCAUGUUGCCUCACCUGGCUGACCUUGUUAGUUACAGCAUCCAGAAAGUGAUUGGAUUUGCAAAAAUGAUUCCAGGAUUCAAAGAUCUAACAGCAGAGGACCAGAUUGCUUUGUUGAAAUCCAGUGCCAUAGAAGUCAUUAUGCUUCGAUCAAAUCAGUCGUUCUCACUGGAGGAUAUGUCCUGGACCUGUGGCAGCAAUGAUUUCAAAUACAAAAUCAGUGAUGUCACACAAGCUGGCCACAGCCUAGACCUGCUUGAGCCUCUUGUUAAGUUUCAGAUCAGCUUGAAAAAACUCAACCUGCAUGAGGAAGAGCAUGUGCUCCUGAUGGCCAUCUGCAUCCUUUCUCCAGAUCGCCCCGGCGUUCAAGACACCGCUAUGGUGGAGUCCAUCCAGGAUCAUCUUUCUGGAAUCCUGCAGACUUAUAUUCUCUGCCGACACCCGCCUCCCGGCAACCGCCUCCUUUACCCGAAAAUGAUCCAGAAACUUGCAGACCUGAGGAGCCUGAACGAGGAGCAUUCCAAACAGUACCGCUGCCUCUCCUUCCUGCCUGAGCACAGCAUGCAGCUCACUCCACUGGUCCUCGAAGUGUUUGGCAACGAAAUCUCAUGACGUCGUCCUGAGGAUGAAACACACCAGAGUUAAGGAAGGAGUCAGCCUGGCUUCCCACUGGUGGCAAACUGAGAGCUUUGGCCCCAGUGUUGUAUAUUGUCAGCAAGAGUUUUAACCCUAUUUUUUUCCUCCACACUACCAGAGGGACUGCAUUGUUUUUACAUCUUUUGGCCUCAUCCUUUGCAUUGCUGCUGAGCAGCAGUCUGCAAGCGCAUCCCUUCUCUUCUGUCAAUCAAAAACUGAAUAGUUUUCUCACUUGCUGCUUUGCCAAGAUGAAUUGCUUGUUGCUUUCUUCAAUGUUGAACUUUCAAGCCAGCGACUGAAAUGACUGAUCUGUAGGUUAAGAAAGGCAAUGACUGGAUAAGCGCUCCCAGUUAGAAUAGAUGGAAUUUAGGGCUUGAGGGUGAUGGGACUACUGGCAUUGUCAUCAUGCAACAUUAAGAGCUUUUAGUCCAGUGUGAAAAUAAUGUACAGAAAUGGAUCAUUGCUCUUUUCAAUGUAAUAUGCGCCCUUCCUGCCUGCCUUCCCAAGGUUCUUCACUACUAUCAGCCAGAUAAUGAAUUGGAGAGAGCUGGGGGGGGGGGGUUAACAGUUGUGGUGUACACAAACAACUCUAGCACUUUGUUGCACUAAAUAGAUUGAUCAGAAGAGGAUAAUCUCAGUGGAAAUUUUCUCUGAGAAUUGUAAAUAACUAGCCCAUGCCAGUUUCUCAGCAUUGUUUCCCCAGAAGAAAAUGUGCUCAAAACAUGGAUCCCUUGCAGAAUUUCACUCCCAGUUUCAAACACUACCAGUUUAUUUAGAGGAGUUUCUGCUUCCUGCAGUUGCAAUCCAUUUGAAAAGUUUGAGUUGUCAUUUUAGAGCAGACCUUUGGCAGUCUAUGUAUGGCCCUCCAGAUAUUUCUGGGCUUCAGUCCCUCUCAAGCCCAGCCAGCAUAACCAAUGGUUAAGAGAUUAUGGGAGUUGCAACUGGAGAGCCACAAGUUUCCCACCCCUCUUUAGAGUCAAGCAGAAACCAUUUCCUAGCAGGCCAAGCUGACCUACAAGUUGCUGUACAAAGAACUGACAUGUAGAAGUAAUCUUCAGUUCUCUCUCUCCAUGCUGGAGCCGUAAUGUUUGAGUUAGUCCUUAGUCAUACUCAGGGAGGCUGAGACUAAUUUGUUUUUGUGGCCCAUAAGAGGUUUACUGUGAGUUUGAUGACCUCUGGAAAAAUUCAGCACAAGUUGUCACACAUUGUCAAGGGAAGGACUAUAUCACCAAUAUUAAAACACAUGGAAUGGGCAGUUGCUAAUACAUUAGUCUUAAAUUGUACACAGAGCUUUCAGUGGGCCAACAUUUGCUUCUUGCAAGGGUUGGCAACCGUUUGAAUAUUUAUGCAUGAGGAAGGUAAAUUGUCCGUGUAGUGAGAACAAAGCUGCUUACGUGUUGGACAUUUUCUCAUCUCACUUUUCAGAGAUGAUUGCCUGCUCAUAACAUGUGUACUAUUUCACUUCACCAGCAUGCUGUUUUUACAGAAAUGAUUGUGAUAGAUGCAGUUUGCACGCCAUGUAUUGCUUCAGGUGAACACAAAAAGUGUCUUACAGGGAUGAUAAAUUCUAAGGAUACACAAAGGCAUGUUUGGUUUAGCAGACCUGUAGAGUUGUGUCAGGAAAUAUUUGCAUACAUGAAUGGAUCAGGGUGGAGGUUUCAGGGAGAUUUCUUUGUUCAAAAAAAAAAUCUCCCCUUUGAUUGCUAAGUGUCAGUAGGAUGAUAUAAUAGGAAGUGAUUAUUGUGAAAAAGUGCCUUGAGCUUGCUCCAAUGCAGUGAUUCUUUCCCCCUCCCUGCAAAUAAUGAGUAGACAUUUUAGUCUGAAAUUGAUCUAAAUUGCUAGCCUUGGAGGGAUCCCAAUUAAUUUCCCUUUGUACUUCAUUAAGCAUUGGUAUAAAGGUAGCCCACCCACAUGGAGUAAAUCUUGAAGCUUGCUUCUCAGAGCUCUGCCUCUUCAGCUGCUGGAGCACAUUCUAGCAGCAGUGUUUGACUUCUUUGGCAAGAUACACCACCCAUUAGUUCAGUGGUUCUCAAUCUGUUGGUCCCUAGAUGUUUUGGCCUUCAACUCCCAGAAUCCUAACAGCUGGUAAACUGGCUGGGAUUUCUGGGAGUUGUAGGCCAAAACACCUGGGGAUCCAAAGGUUGAAAACCACUGCAUUAGUUUCUAUAGAAAGUAUGGUAGUACAUCAAACAUGCCUCAGUCUUUGUUCUGGCAGCCACUACAGUGGUGGAUGGCCUUACUAUACUCACUAAAGUUGUACAUCUUAAUACUUGUGUCGUGACACUACAUUUGAAAGUGCUACAUAUAUAUCUUGCAGAAGGGAGUCAGCGAAGGUAAUGGGUAAUUUUUUAAAAGUCACAUUAAAUCAUACUAGAGUUAGCUGUCCACAUUUGUGGAUUUAAGUUUUUAUAGAUUUGAUUAUUUGCAGAUUUGGCUAAUACACUCUAAGAAUUUCUAGGUCCUCCGAUGCAAUUCUGUGGUCCAUCUCUGCCAGAAGUUGAUCAUGGAAACAAACUGAAGGACCAAGAGAACAUAUCUUUAGGCAUUAGUAGGUCCUCCAGCGUAGUUCUGUGGUCAGCUUUUGGUAGAAUUGGUGUUUUUUAUUCGUGGUUUUCCCACUUCACUCCCCUAACCCAUACAAAACGAUUUUAUUGAUCAGCCAAUUGACCUUAUCAUAACAAACAAGAUAAGCACAACAUACAGUAUAUAUCAGGUCCAAGUAAAAUUAUAAAUAUACAAGUACAGAUAAAAAGUGUGGAUGGCCAACCUAAUUUUAGGUUUAUACCUCAGAUGUCCUCAUCCCCCCUUACAGUGUAUAUCAAUCGGAUCGAUAUACUGUACUCUGAACUCCUUUUAAAUGCUUUAAACAGGUAAAGGGCAUAACCAACUAGUUAGAAUGUGGUUUUGGCCCCUAACCCAUACAAAAGUGAAAGUCCUACUUUAUUGGUUCCUCUUACCCCUAUAAUGUCAGUACUGAUUGGCAGCAGAUUUCGAGGGAUUCAGGAAGAUUCAUUCAAAGAUGUACUUGGAGACUUGGGUUUGAACCUGGGACUUUGCAUACAAAGCAUGUGCUCUCUCACUGAGCUAUACAUGUCUCUGUGACUCACAGACAAGAAUGUGAGGUUUAGGUCUUUUACAUCGCAGCUUAGGAAGUUUUCCAAGUCUAAUGGGAUGGAGGACCAUAGUUGAGUCUGGUAGCUAAAUCUUAUCAUGGCACAAUGUUGAAAGAGAGGAGAGAAGUCAGCUAUGCGUUCAAGCACUCUGCUAUAUUGGACAUAGUAAUAUUUUAAAAUAAUGAUUACAGCUAUUAAUAGAACACACAUGGCCACUAUAUUUUUCUAAAGAAAUUGAGUGAGUGCUUUGGAUACUUAGCCCAUACAUUAAAUGCGUUAGCAAUGCCUAUGCUGAACAAUUUGCACCAGAUGAUGUGGCUUAAUUAAAUGUGUACAUAGCUAUUUAAUAGAAGUUGACAAUGUUCUGUUAUAUAACACCAAUUAGAUUUUAGACAUUUGAAUCAAAGCUGCUCUUUUUGAGAGAUGCUGGAUUUCCCCCCAACUCUGCACGUGAAUGCCAAACAUAUACAUACAGUAUAUAUAUCUAUAUACAGUGCAAGAGGAGUAGCUUCUUUCCAAAUGUGAAACACAAAUCAUCUCUUGUUUGUUGCCUUGUGUAAUUUAAAUGGCCAUGCAAUGCACUUUAUAUAAAAAAUCAGUGGAAUGAUUUAAAGAGACAAAUCUAUAUUUAAUUAUAGUAGUUCUAAUGAUGAAGAAUUAGAGAUGAUUGCUAUCUUUUUAUUCCUCUGUACAUUUUUGGGCUUUUUUUUUAAUGGAUAAAAGAGAAGAUAUAAUAUAAAAAAAUAAUUCCAGAGCUUUAUUGACAUGAUAAGGAGUGAUUGAAUCCUGUUUUCAUAGUUGUAAGUGUAAUAUGCUCUUACCUUAUUAAUAAACAUGUAUUGCUUUGUGACAACACAA